UCCGUUUUAUAAUGUUCGGGACCUGGGUCUGGGCUCUGAACUCUAAUUCUGGAGUCGGAAAAUGGAAAGAGAGACCCACUGAGGGGCGGUUUGCUGGUUUCCUCUGAGGUUCUGAUAUCUGAAUGGCGAGCGGUGGUGGUAACCAGCCUCCACCAUCACCACCCUACCGACCCUAUCGACUGGUUCGAACCCUAACCGCCCAUACCCGAGCCGUCUCCUGCGUCAAGUUCUCCAACGACGGCUCCCUCCUAGCUUCAUCCUCCCUCGACAAAACCUUAAUCGUCUGGUGUUCCCAAACCCUAAACCCUCUCUCCCGCCUCAUCGGGCACUCCGAAGGCGUCUCCGACCUCGCCUGGUCAUCCGAUUCCCACUAUAUCUGCUCCGCCUCCGACGACCGCACCCUCCGUAUCUGGGACGCCCGUACCGGCGACUGCGUCAAGACCCUGCGUGGCCACUCUGGUUUUGUCUUCUGCGUCAAUUUCAACCCUCAAUCUAACCUUAUUGUUUCUGGAUCCUUCGAUGAGACCAUUAGGGUUUGGGACGUUAAGACCGGUCGAUGCGUUCAUGUGAUUCAGGCCCAUUCAGAGCCCGUUACCUCUGUCCAUUUUAACAGGGAUGGCUCUAUUAUCGUCUCCGGGAGUCACGAUGGAAACUGCAAGAUUUGGGAUGCCGACACCGGUACGUGCUUGAAGACUCUCAUCGACGAUAAGGUUCCCGCAGUUUCGUUUGCGAAAUUCUCGCCGAAUGGGAAAUUCAUACUUGUCGCCACUCUGGACGAUACCCUUAAGCUAUGGAACUACUCCGCAGGGAGGUUUCUAAAGAUUUACACAGGUCAUGUCAAUAGAGUAUACUGUAUAACAUCCACAUUUUCCGUUACGAAUGGGAAGUACAUUGUUAGUGGAUCAGAGGAUAAAUGUGUAUACUUGUGGGAUCUCCAAGGUAAAAAUAUGGUCCAGAAACUAGAAGGCCACACGGAUACUGUCAUCUCUGUAACCUGCCAUCCCACCGAGAACAAAAUUGCUUCCGCAGGUCUUGACAAGGACAGAACAAUAAAGAUCUGGGUUCAAGAUACAUGAAUUGCUGUUGAAUGCCCUUCAGGUUACUUAGUUCCUGACUUGAAGUUCAUGUAAGUUUUGGGUCUUCUUUGAUGGGAACUAGUCCACCAAAUAUAUGUGCCCUCCUUGUUUUCAUUCUAUAUGACAUUUCUACUUGCUGCCGUGUAUUAUUCGUGGACUAUUAAAAAAGUAAAUAGAAAAACGUUUAUUCAUGUAAAUGUGACAUGUGAGGAUGAGGACUGUGUUUUUGGGUCUGGGGUAUAGAUGAGCAUUGAGAAAUAAACCACAAUACUAGUUGGGUGCU